AUGGCACCUCGCUGGCACGGAUCUGUCCAAUUUGUUUCGAGUUAUCGACAGAGACAACCAAGCGUUCAUGGUCUGAAUCUAACGGUUCCAGAGGAUGCGAAAGAGAUCAUCAAGCCCUGGGAUGAGAGGGAGGACAAUUCCAAAUAUCUUGACUCAAACGUCGACGAUCAGCUCAUUGUCCAUAUCCCAUUCACUGAGAACGUUCGAAUCAAGUCGGUCCUUCUGAAACUGGGAAGGGGUGAAGUUACGCCCCGUCAUCUUCGAAUCUACGCAAAUCGCUCCAACAUUGUGGACUUUUCUGAAGCUGAGACGUUAAAGCCUCACGUCAAUAUCAGCCUUCUGGAGGGUGAAACUGGAGUAGUCGAGUAUCCAAUGAGGGUGGCCGCUUUUGCCAGCGUACACUCCUUAUCACUGUUCUUUAACGAUUCCGUUGGAGAAGAGUCUUCUAGGAUAUACUAUCUUGGAUUCAGAGGAGAUAUGAGAUCUGUUAAGCGAGAACUCAACUCCAAGCUGGAAGUUCCAGCGCCUAACGCUGCCGAUGCUUCGUUGACUGAUAGAGUGACUCACAAAGUUGGCGGACAGCAGACCACUGCUCGUUGA